AUGCGGCUGAAGCUCACGUCUUUCUACCGUCUUGCGCCGUCCUGGCCGAAGUCUCCAGCUGCUGUUGCUGCUCUCUCGUUUGUCCGACAUUCCAGCAAUAUGGGGAACGGCCCACGAAUCGAAGAGCAAACACUACCCUCCUACCACAAGAAACGAUACUAUCCAGUCCGCAUUGGCGACACUCUCAACGACCGAUACCGGAUUAUUGCGAAGCUUGGCUAUGGCGGCUACUCCACAGUGUGGCUUGCCCGGGAUGAGAGGACUAAGCAGUAUGCUUCGCUCAAGGUGUGCAUAGAACAAAAUGACAACCAGCCCUCGCCAGUGCUCAACGAGGUCAACAUUCUCCAACGCAUGCAAAAGCUGGCUGAAACCAAGAAUAAUCCGGGUCGCUUCUUCACCCGCCUUGCUACCGACAUCUUCGAGCUUCACACUUCUUCCGGACGCCAUUACUGCAUCGCAUCCAAGCCCCAGGGCCACAGCCUGCGCCUGCUCCAAGAAACAUUUCCCAACGGAAAAGUGCCGAAGCUGUUGGUGAAAUCACUGAUAUCCCGGCUUUUCUUCGCUAUAAACUGGCUGCAUGCAAGCUGCAAUCUCAUUCAUACAGACAUCACACCCCAAAAUGUCCUCACCGAGCUUGAGGACGAGAGCAGCCUCAGGGAUAUCGAGGAGCAGGAAUUGCGAGACCCGAGCAUCCCCAUCAUCAGCGACUGCGGCGUCCCUGUCUACCCCUCUCGAAAACCGUUCAUACAGCUCGGUGGCACCCCAAUACUUACGGACUUUGGCCAAGUGCGAGAGGAUUACCUCGACGACCGCGUUAAUCAAGACUGGAUUAUGCCGGAUUUUUAUCGAGCCCCGGAGGUACUUUUGCAAAUACCAUGGAUGAUUCAGGUUGAUAUGUGGUCUGUUGGAGUGAUGACUCUGGAACUUCUCGAAGGCAAGAACCUCUUUGAUCCGAUGGACCGUGUCAAUAAUCAAUAUGUCCUUCCGAUGGCGCUGGCCCAGUAUAUUGGUUACCUUGGGCCGCCGCCGCUGUACAUGCUCGAGAAAAGUCCCCUAUUCGGCACAUAUUUUGACGAGAAAGGCAACUGGAGACUCUCAGAAGCACCGAUCCCUCGGACAUCCCUCGAAGACUUCGUUACAGUGAUACCCCCCGGCGAAGAGAAAGAUCUGUUUAUGAAGUUUAUUCGGAGGAUGCUUGCCUGGGAUCCGGAGGCAAGGGCAACAGCCAACGAAAUCGUCGAUGAUGCAUGGCUUCAGAUGCCGGUCGAUCUGAUCGCUUUGCAGGGAGCGCUUGACGAACUCCAUGCGGUUUUGCCUUCGCGUUUCUGA